GCGCCGGGGGCGCGCGCGCGCGCGCUGGGCGCUGCUGGGCUGCGGCGGCGGCGGCGGCGGCGGCGGCGGCGGCGGUUACUAUGGCGGAGUCGGCCGGAGCCUCCUCCUUCUUCCCCCUCGUCGUCCUGCUGCUCGCGGGCAGCGGCGGGUCCGGGCCCCGGGGGAUCCAGGCUCUGCUGUGUACGUGCACCAGCUGCCUACAGGCCAACUACACGUGUGAAACAGAUGGGGCCUGCAUGGUUUCCAUCUUCAACCUGGAUGGGAUGGAGCACCACGUGCGCACCUGCAUCCCCAAAGUGGAGCUAGUCCCCGCUGGAAAGCCCUUCUACUGCCUGAGCUCCGAGGAUCUGCGCAACACCCACUGCUGCUACACCGACUUCUGCAACAAGAUUGACCUGAGGGUGCCCAGUGGUCAUCUCAAGGAGCCUGAGCACCCUUCCAUGUGGGGCCCCGUGGAGCUGGUCGGCAUCAUUGCGGGCCCAGUGUUCCUCCUGUUUCUCAUCAUCAUCAUUGUUUUCCUUGUCAUUAACUAUCAUCAGCGUGUCUAUCACAACCGCCAGAGGCUGGACAUGGAGGAUCCCUCAUGUGAGAUGUGUCUUUCCAAAGACAAGACGCUCCAGGAUCUUGUCUACGAUCUCUCCACGUCGGGGUCUGGCUCAGGGUUACCCCUUUUUGUCCAGCGUACCGUUGCCCGAACCAUCGUUUUACAGGAGAUUAUUGGCAAGGGCCGGUUUGGAGAAGUGUGGCGUGGCCGCUGGAGGGGUGGUGACGUGGCUGUGAAAAUUUUCUCUUCUCGUGAAGAACGGUCUUGGUUCCGGGAAGCAGAGAUCUACCAGACAGUCAUGCUGCGCCAUGAAAACAUCCUUGGAUUUAUUGCUGCUGACAAUAAAGAUAAUGGCACCUGGACCCAGCUGUGGCUCGUCUCGGACUAUCACGAGCAUGGCUCCCUGUUUGAUUAUCUUAACCGGUACACAGUGACAAUUGAGGGGAUGAUUAAGCUGGCCUUGUCUGCUGCCAGUGGGCUGGCACACCUGCACAUGGAGAUUGUGGGCACCCAAGGGAAGCCUGGAAUUGCUCAUCGAGACUUAAAGUCGAAGAACAUCCUGGUGAAGAAAAACGGCAUGUGCGCCAUCGCAGACCUGGGCCUGGCUGUCCGGCACGAUGCGGUCACUGACACCAUUGACAUUGCCCCAAAUCAGAGGGUGGGGACCAAACGAUACAUGGCCCCUGAAGUACUUGAUGAAACCAUUAACAUGAAGCACUUUGACUCCUUUAAAUGUGCUGAUAUCUAUGCCCUCGGGCUUGUAUAUUGGGAGAUUGCCCGAAGAUGCAAUUCUGGAGGAGUCCAUGAAGAAUAUCAGCUGCCAUAUUACGACUUAGUGCCCUCUGACCCUUCCAUUGAGGAAAUGCGAAAGGUCGUAUGCGACCAGAAGCUACGUCCCAACAUCCCCAACUGGUGGCAGAGUUAUGAGGCGCUACGAGUGAUGGGGAAGAUGAUGCGGGAGUGUUGGUACGCCAACGGCGCCGCCCGCCUCACCGCUCUGCGCAUCAAGAAGACCCUCUCCCAGCUCAGCGUGCAGGAAGACGUGAAGAUCUAACCCUGCUUGCCUCCCCCGACAUGCAACCCUGGGCAGCGAGGACUACACACACAGCUGCCAUGUUGAGCGUACGAUGGAGGCCUACCUCUCGUUUCUGCCCAGCCCUCUGGCCAGAAGCCCUGGCCCGCAAGAGGGACAGAGCCCGGGAGACCCACCCCUCCCACAUUGGGUUUGAGACACAGACACCUUUUAUAUUUACCUCCUAAUGGCAUGGAGACUCUGAGAGCGAAUGGUAUAGAGAACUCAGUGCCACAACUCGAACUGGUUGUAGUAGGAAGUCCUGCAAAGCCCGGUGCAUCUGGCGUGUAGCCAGGAGUGGUGACCGGGUGGCCUGGGAGGGCCCAGGCGAAGCCGAGUGUCGCCCGUGCUAAGCAGCACGGAGCGCUUUCCUCCAGGGACCAACCUCAGCACACCAAGGUGGCCCCGAGGAAGCAGAAGCGCAGCCCCUCUCGCAGGCAGCUCUGGGCCCCGUGCUCCGCCCUCACGGACAUCCAGAGGGACUGCCAAUGGACAGAAUCUGCUGCCUGUCUGUCCAGCGUGUGUGCAUGUGCCGAGGUGCGUCCCCUGUUGUGCCUGGUCAUGCCACGCCCUUACGUGUGUGUGUGUGUGUGUGUGUGUGUGUGUCUGUCGGUGCGUACUUCCCUGCUUGAGCUUUCUGUGCAUGUGCAGGUCUGGGGUGUGGUUGUCAUGCCGUCUCUGCGUGCUGGUGCCUCUGUUCAGUCGUGAGCAGUGUCUCGUGUCCUGGUGCCCUCCCUGUCCCCUCCCCCUGGAAUCUUGAGCCACGGUGGUCCUUCCUUCCCAGCAGGCUACUCUGCCCACCUUGUGUCAACACCACUCUCCUCUGUUUCAGACGGUGGAACCAAAGAUGCCUCGGUUGUCCAUGGCAGGCGAGGCUUUUGGGUCCAAACGUGAGGGAGGGGUGGGCUGGGCAGGGAAAGCAUCCUGGCGGAAGUCUCGGGUGUUGUGGGCAGCGGCAACCGUGGGAAAUGAGCCAGCCCAGGGCACCCUCAGCAGCAUCGAGGAAGGGCCAAGGAAUUUGAAGCCCAGAUCUUGGGACUCAGAUUGGAAUGUCACAUCUGUCUUUCAUAUCCCAGAUUCUGGAAACAGCAGUGUAUAUUUUUGGUGGUGGUGGGUUUAGGGUGGGAAAAGGAAAGGGGGGCAAGAAGUGGGGAGGGAGUGGGGGUGGGAGGGAGGCAUCUGCAUGGGUCUUUUACUGGAUUCUCUGAUCACGGUGGAGGGAAGAUGUGAGGCUUGCACCCACUUUAGGGGCCUACUAAAGGGAACAGCCUGAGCCAAACCUGAUAUUUAACCUGAGUGUAGUAUUUAACGACGUCUAGAAGCACGGUUGUGGGUGGUGGUUUGGUCAGCAUAUCUUAGGUAUAUAAUAACUUUGAAGCCAUAACUUUUAACUGGAGUGGUUUUUUUUGUUUUUUGUUUUUUGUUUUUGUUUUUAAUUUUAUUGGGAGGGUCUGGAUUUUAACUUUUUUUAAUAUUAUUAAGUUUUUAUAAAAGGAAAACCAUCUCUGUGAUAAUUACCUCUCAAUCUCUUUGUUUUUAAAGAAAUCCCUACAAAAACAACCACAAAAAAAAAUGCUCCAAUCAAACGCACAUAGCUCAAUCACACUGGAAAUGUCUGUCCUUGCACCUGAGCCUAUUCCCCCUCCGCAGUGAGAGGCCCUCCUUGCCCUGGGGGUUAGUCUCUCUUGCACUCUGCCCAUCCCCCCAAUUCCAUGAAUGGUGUUUGCGCUAGGGCCCUGUCUUUUGUGCAUUGUCCCGCUGGUCGCACCUUCUCCCCCAGGCAUUUACUCAACAAAAGUUUGUUGAGUGAAUGCUGGGUGCCAGGCAUUGCACUAGGCGCCAGGAAUACAGCUGUGAACAAGACAGGCUUGGGUCCUAUUCUUGGAGCACUGAAGAAGGAGCUGAUCCAAGUUAAUGGGUGCCUGUUUUGAGACCAGAAGUUUUCCUAACAGUACUUGGUUCUGAGAGCCUUUUGAGCCUGGAGUGAUUGCUGUUACAGAAGACCACCGAGGAGCAAGGAUGCCCCCCACGCCAAAGAGACCGGUGGUGGGCAUGAGAGACCCAAUCACUGCACUCAUUAUGAGCCCCCUUUCUGUCCCCAGGGAGCAUAUUUUGGAUGCAGCCUCAGAGCACCCCUGCCUCCAGCCCAGCGAUUCUCUGCCAAAGCUUGUGGAGGAGGGGGAAAGCCCUCUCCCUGCUUACAUGUCUCCCCCGUGCCCCUGGCCUUCCUAUUUAUUUUCCUGAUGUAUUGCCUCUUUCCUUGUGUUAAAGGAGAUCUUCCCCUAACCCUUUGGGCCAAUUUACUGGCUACAGAUUAAUUUUCCUUGAAUACCAAUUGUGUCAUCAGGGGAACCUUUCCCCACUCCUGCGGGCCCCCCACCUCUCCGCCCUGCAGCAGAACCUGGCGGUUUCUAGGUGGUAAUGGGACUUAGACUCCCUGUGCUCGUCACAAUCAGCCUCUGGGGUCUGCCAGUACUCCUCAACCCAGGGACUCCCAAGCCACUAGCCCACUCCCCAGGUGGUCCCUCUGUCCCAACCAUACAGUCCAGUUCCUCCACCCCGGGGAAUACUGAGCAGUUUUUUGGGAAGCUUCCACCCUCACCCCCGUCACUCUUGACACCAAGAGUUAGGAGUUAGAGUUGGGGAGAAACUACAGCCUGAAGCCGUGGUGUUUGGCCCCGUGAGGCUAACCCUGAUCUUAGGGCUACUGCACCUCCGGAUUCUGGGUUCACAGACCAAGUCCAAGCCCGUUCUUAAGUCGCCAUCAAGGCCCCUGAACGGCAUUCUCGGUACUUUUGUUUGUUUUUGUACAUUUUAUUAGAAAGGACUGUAAAAUAGCCACUUAGACACUUUACCUCUUCAGUAUGCAAAUGUAAAUAAGUUGUAAUAUAGGAAAUCUUUUGUUUUAAUAUAAGAAUGAGCCUGUCCAAUUUCUGCUGUACAUUAUUAAAGUUUUAUUCACAGAA